AUGGAUGGGAUGAGAAAACAAUCAUCCGGAGCAGCGUGGAGAAGCAGCGAGAACAACCCCGGGAUGGACCAAACCCACGCACCGCCGCAUCCCCGCCGUCCCCGCCAUCCCCGCCGUCCCCGCCGCCGCCAUGCCCAAAAGAAAGGAGAUAAAGCCAAGGUGAAGGACAAGCCACAGAGAAGAUCUGCAAGGUUGUCUGCUAAACCUGCUCCUCCAAAGCCAGAGCCCAAGCCUAAAAAGGCCCCUGCAAAGAAGGGAGAGAAGGUCCCCAAAGGGAAGAAAGGGAAAGCCGAUGCCGGGAAGGAUGCGAAUAAUCCUGCAGAGAACGGAGAUGCCAAAACAGACCAGGCACAAAAAGCUGAACAUGCUGGAGAUGCCAAGUAAAAUGUGUGCAUUUUUGAUAACUGUGUACUUUUGGUGACUGUACAGUUUGAAAUACUAUUUUUAUCAAGUUUUAUAAAAAUGCAGAAUUUUGUUUUUCUCUUUUUUCUUUAAGCUGUGUUGUUAGCACACAGAACACUUCAUUCUUUUUGGGGGGGAAGGAACAUGUGUCA